AUGCUCUCGGACGCCUACGGGAGGAAGCCGCUACUGGUCAUGGGCCUGAUGUCCAUCGCCACAGGCAUCGCCGGCGUGGCCUUCGCCACGUGCUACGAGCAGCUCAUGGUGCUGCGUUUGGCGAUCGGCCUGGGAGUGGCCUCCACCUUUACCUCCGCAGGGAUGUACGUCACGGACAUCUCGCACCCCUUGAACUCGGCGCGGACCCGAGCGCCCAUGCAGAUGGGCAUGUCCGCCGGGCUCUUGAUCGGCCCCGCUUGCGGAGGCUACCUGCUGGAGAACGUGGGAUUGGAGCUCAUGUCCUUGGGCGUGGGCGCCAGCAGCUUUUGCACCGCGCUUUGCGUCUUUGCGCUGCUUCCGGAGACCCACCGACUGAGACCUGGAGAACGGCAGCGAGGUGUGUUGGACACGCUCAAGUCCUGGGCGCCCAUCUUGUCCCUGAAGCCCUUUCGACAGAUGAUCUCCUUCGGCUGGUGUUACAACGCGGCUUUCUGGGGAGCUGCUGCGUUGAUUCCACUGAUCUACGUGGACUUAGCGCUGUCGCCCGCCGUGGUGGGCGGCCUCUCGACGGCGAAUGCCUUAGUCAGUUUGAGCGUCACGCCCUUAGUGGCUAAGACGGCGGACCGCUUCGGGAAGAUGCAGGUGGUCUUGCCGGGCGCCCUUCUGUAUGGAGUAAGUCUGAUGAUGGUACCACAGGUCACCACGCUCAUCGAGUUGCUACCAGUGCUGGCCGCCAUGCAGAUCGGCGCCUGCAUGUGUGGCCAGGCGCAGAUGCAUGCCAUGGAUCUAGCUCCAGUGAAGGAUCGUGCAAAGGUUCCAAGCCUUUGGAAUACCUUCGGCGAUACAGGCAUGCUCUUCAGUUCCUUCUCCGCUGCGCUGAUGGCGGAACGCUUUGGCCUGGGGAGCGCCUUCUCCUCGGAGGGCCUGCUGCCGGGGGUUGCUCGUGGCCAGCGGCGCCAUGGUCUAUGCGACGCGCGGGUCUCGGUGAGGGCGCUGCGGAAGAUGCCGAUGCAGUGUGAAAGCCAGGCGCUUUCCGACUCUGGCGCUUGGAAUCCGGCGCUGUCCGCCCUGGCGCUGCUGUCCAGAAAGGCGCUGGGAGUUAGUCCGCCCAAGCGCCAAGAGGCCUUACAGCAACUCUGGGCCAGCCAGGCCUUCUUGGAGACGAAGAAGCAUUUUGCACAAGCGAUACACGCCUUUGGUCGUCACCGCCGCUGGCAAGAAGGGAACUUGCUUUUGGCUGAGAUGUCGAGGAGACACUUGGGGCCUUGCAAGUAUUCCUUCAGUGCGGCCAUCAGUGCGUGUGCUGCUGCAACGACCUGGGAGACGGCGAUGCUGCUCAUGUUUGAGCCGAGUGCAGGCUCGAUUGAACUGGAUUUGAUCGCCAUCAGCAGCUUGCUGAGCGCCUGCGAGAAGGCCUCCCGCUGGUUGGAGGCUUUGCAGCUUUGCGCUGAUGCAGAAAGACAAGGGAUGGAAUUGGAUCUGGUGGCCUUGAACACAGUGAUCAGCAGCUGUGGCAAGGCUUUUGCAUGGACUUUGGCAUUGGCUCUUUUGGCGCAGCUGGAGCCGAAAAGGUUCUCCCCGAACCUGGUGACCUACAGUAGCUGCAUCUCUGCCUGCGAACGUGGGCAGCAGUGGCCGCGUGCUUUGCAUCUUCUUGGUGAUGCUCAAGGGCAAGGAUUGCAGCCGGACGGCAUUUUGUUGGGUGCCUCCAUCAGCGCCUGUGAGAAGGGACGAGGGUGGGCUCAGGCGCUCCAUUUGUUGCAGGAGGCCCGAGAAUGGAAGCUUUUCCCGGACACCACGAGCUACAAUGCGGCCUUGACAGCUCUCAGCAAGAGCCACUUAUGGGAGGAGGCCCUGCACCUCUUCCAGCAGAUGCCCAACCUGGAUGCCAUCAGCUGGGACGUCGCCUGUGAAGCCGCGCAGCUGAGACAUCAGUGGCGUCAGGUGCUGUCUUUGUUGACGGAGAUGGACAAGCAACUCCUUCCGCGGAGCGACUUCAGUUACUUGUCGGCCCUGACUGCCUGCAUCUCUUCAGAGCACUGGCAGCGCGCUUUGCUGCUCUGGGAGACCCUCGAAGGCGAAAAGACCCCAGAGACGAGGCCGGAAGCGCCCAAUGCGCAGCUGCGUCUGACCGUGCUGGAGGCUUUGGAACGGAGCUCCCAAUGGCAGAAGGCACUACAGCUGUCAUUGGAUGGUGCAGAUCGAGCCCUCUACAUGGGCUGCGUGAGGACCCUGAUGCGUUCGGGGGAGUUGGCCGCCGCCUUGCAGCUCUAUGCCACUCUGGAGGAGGAAGGUGUGGUUCAGCCGUGGAUCUCAGAGUUUGAGCUCGACCUCCAUGGUUUCACCUUCGAAGCGGCCUACAUCAUCAGCGCCUUUGCGUUGCUGCGUCGCGCAGUAGCACCAGUACCAGGAGCUUUGCCAAGGAGUCGGCCGCUCUGCCUGGUGGUGGGCCGUGGCCAUGGCAGUGCGGCCGCACCAGUGCUGCCGCAGCUGAUGGAUGCUUUGCCGGUCGAGCUGCAGACGCUUGGCAAGAUGGGCCCUUGUGCUCGACUUCUGGUCGGUUGGUGGAAGGCAAUGCUGGCAGGUUCCUUGGACCAAGUGCUGAUGUUCGUGCCAGGGACCUGGGAAUUGCCAGUUCGCUGGUAUGUGGCCUCCGCCAUUGUCGGGUUCCUGGUGACCGUCUUCUUCGUGGUUUUCGGGAACAGCAACAAGAGGAAGUACAAGCUCGAGGAGGAGGAGGAUCAGGAGAAUUUGCCGCUGAACGAGGAGCCCUGGGUGCCCAGUCUGGACAUCGUUGACUGGAAGGAGGCCAAUGCUGCCUUCUCCCUGUGCCCUUGGAACUUCGAGGGCUGCACGAGCAUCGAAGAGGUCCUGAAGUGUAUUUGGAAGAACCCGGUGCCCAAAGACCUCAGUGUGGGCUAUUCAGCCCUUUCGCAAUCUGUCCGUGAGAUCCAUGUCGCGAUGGUGAAGUGUGCUGCCGGGAAGCAGACGCACUUCUGCAUCCUCUACACCCUCACGAGUGGCGCCGAGCUCUUUGGCGGCGCGCCCUCGGAACAGUCGGUUGGCUUGGAGCUGGAGGAGGAAGUGGUUGGCUUGCGCAAAAGGCGUGGGCAGGCCACCAGCCCGAUGCCCGUCUCCGAACACGAGGAGAAUCCGUUGCCCUGUAUUGCUGCCUUCUUCCGGAUCCAUGAUGGCUUCGGUACGUUGAUGUCCCGAAAGCACUUGCCGCUGCUCCUGGAGACGCCCAACGACACGGUGCAUGGGUCCUGCUUCUAUGUGUAUCCCAUGCGUGGCCUCGAACCGGUCCAUUCGCGGCCCAGCUUGUUGAAGGUGGCGCGCGUGGAUCGCUCGUGUUUCGUGGCCGUGGACCGCCGGAAGGUUGUUGGGAGCUUUGGAGUGUUCUUCGCCACGAGCGUAUCACGGAUCCCAAGAGCGAUUUCUGCGUAUCACUGGGACGAUGGUUCCUGA